AUGGAGAUUACAAAACCUCACGCGGUAAUGCUCGCCAGCCCAGGAAUGGGCCACGUCAUCCCGGUGAUCGAACUCGGAAAACGCUUAGCUGGUUCUCACGGCUUCCGCAUCACCAUCUUCGUCCUCGAAGCUGACGCAGCCUCCGCUCAGUCCCAAUUCCUCAGCUCACCUGGCUCCGACGCCAGCCUCAUCGACAUCAUCGGUCUCCCGUCUCCAGACAUCUCAGGCCUAGUUGACUCAUCGACUUUUAUCGCGGUCAAGAUCUUGUUCAUGAUGCGUGAGACCGUUUCCACCCUCCGAUCAAAGAUCGCUGCCAUGCAGCCUAAACCAACGGCUCUGAUCGUGGACUUGUUAGGCUUGGACGCGAUACCGAUCGGUAAAGAGUUCAACAUGUUGACUUAUGCCUUCAUCCCCUCAAGUGCGCGCUUUCUCGCGGUGUCUAUGUAUUUUCCAACGCUGGACAAAGACGUUGAAGAAGAGCACAUAGUCAACAAGAAACCUUUGGCUAUACCGGGAUGUGAACCGGUUCGGUUUGAGGACACUCUCGAAUCGUACCUUGACCCGACCGACCAGAUAUACCAAGAACUUGUUCCUCUCAGUUCACUACCUCCGACGGCUGAUGGCAUCAUUGUGAACUCAUGGGAUGAUAUGGAGUCCAAGACUUUGAAAUCUCUUCAGGAUCCUAAUCUCUUGGGUAAAAUCGCUCGUGUACCGGUCUAUCCAAUUGGUCCGUUGUGCAGACCGGCUGAUCCAUCGAGUGCCAAUCAUCCGGUUUUGGAUUGGUUAAACGAACAGCAGGACGAGUCGGUGCUUUACAUUUCAUUCGGAAGCGGCGGCUCUCUCUCUUCUAAACAGCUAACCGAAUUUGCUUGGGGGCUAGAGCUGAGUCAGCAACGGUUUGUUUGGGUGGUCCGACCGCCUGUAGACGGUUCAGCUAGCAGCGAGUAUUUAUCGGUCCAAAGAGGAGAUUGUACGCCGGAUUAUCUACCGGAAGAGUUCGUUAGCCGGACUCAAGAGAGAGGCCUGGUGGUGCCAUCAUGGGCACCGCAAGCUGAGAUAUUAGCUCACAAAGCCGUUGGAGGGUUUUUGACUCACUGCGGUUGGAACUCCAUUCUUGAAAGCGUGGUUAGCGGCGUUCCGAUGAUCGCUUGGCCGCUUUUUGGGGAUCAAAAGAUGAAUGCAACGCUGCUCAAUGAGGAGCUUGGUAUUGCUGUCCGAUCUAAAGAAUUGCCGUGGGAGGGAGUGAUUCCGAGGUCGGAGGUAGAGGUGUUGGUGAGAAGGAUUAUGGUGGAAGAGGAAGGUUGUGAGAUGAGAAAGAAGGUGAAGAAGCUGAGAUACACGGCGGAGAAGUCGGGACAUGGAUCGCUGUCGAAAGUCGCCGAGGAAUGUGAAUUUCUUUUGGACCAAGGCACGGCGAGUGGUGCCUAA